AUGGUUGAAAGCGCCUAUAAAGGAGAAUUGGCAGAAAUAAUUGAAGUUAUUGAAUCCAUCGCAGAUCCACUGAACACUGCGAAUCUUUUCUUAUCAUUUGUCUCCAUUUUUAUCAAUAUUCUCCAUUUUAUCAUUCUCACCAGCUCAUCUAUGAAAUCCUCAUCUACCAACGUCAUAAUGAUUGGAAUAGCCAUCGUUGACAUUUUCACACUAACACUUACCGUGUGCGUUACUUCAAACCUAUUCUGGAAAGUGUACUUUGAUAUGGCGGUCUGGGGACUUCAAGACUAUUUUCGAAGAUGUUCCACGUGGCUUGGACUGAUGAUGGCUAUUGUGAGAACUAUGAUUGUGAAGAAUAUCUUAGGGAAUCAGUAA